AUGGUAACGGCUACGCUACGACCGAUAUACGUGCGAGAAGUUGUGCUGGAUGAUCUCAAACAUAAUGCCACCGUGCAUCGAGUGGUCAAUGAUGCUUAUCGAUCUGAAGGUGGUUGGACAACGGAAAAGGAUAUGGUCAAGGGUGACCGAGCCAGCGUAGAAGACAUUGAAAAUGCUGUGCGAUGUAACGGAAAGCCCAACUUUUUGAUGUAUGCUUUUGAACGUAGUGAUCAUGGGGAAGAAUUGGUUGUGGGCACCAUUCAGAUUCAACCCUGCAAUGGAGGCACCGAAGCUGAAAUCGGCUUAUUCUCCGUCAGUCCUGCUCAUCAGUCUCGCGGUAUUGGAGGCAAACUUUUAUCGGCAGCCUUGCAGAAAAUGGAGCAACUUGGGUACGAAAAUGCGGUCAUUCAGGUGUUGGAGAAUCGUCAAGACAUUCUAGCAUGGUAUCAGAAGAUGGGAUUUGUGAAGACCGGUGAACGAAUGCCUUUUGUCUGGCCUGAAAAGCUCAAGAUACAAGGUUUACAUUUCCUUAUUCUGAAGAAGCCAAUGAUAACAGUUUAA